CACCACCUUUCCUCACGCUCCGCAAGCACUUCCCCUCUUACCGCCUACAAUGCCACGAUGAGCGAGUCGCAGCAACUGCUUCAUGGGAACCCAGACGAUUCCGACUCUGACCUCGAUCACGAUCUCAAACCAAGUCCCGCGCGCCGUCUAUCCCCUUCGCCUUCUCCGUCCUCGUCUCGUCCGUCUUCCAUAUCGCCAGCACCACCCAAAUCACGCCCAAAUGGCUUUCACAGACCGAAGCGACAGUCUUCCUUUGCACAGCCGCGGGCCGAUGGUACGCCGAGGACCCCCAACCGCGUACGUUUCGAGGAUGAUCCCAUACGGCGGAGCAUGAACGGGGAUGAGCGAGGCGCGGAAUGGCUGGAACUGGAGAAUGAAGAUUACAUGGACGAAGCGGGGCCCGGGAGGGAAAGGGUACAACGGCUUCCGCUUCUCACGGGAAUAGAAGCACCAAGCGUCACUGUUGCCGAACAGGCCUUUGAUCCCGCAGACCACCUGGAGAGCGCCCGGCCCCGGAGCGGUAUGCGCAGUGCCUUCAUGAAUAUGGCAAACAGCAUAAUCGGCGCAGGUAUUAUAGGACAACCCUACGCCCUUCGCAACGCAGGCCUCGUUACAGGCACCGCCCUCUUGAUCGGUCUCACAAUCACGGUGGACUGGACCAUUCGCCUCAUCGUAAUAAAUUCGAAGCUCAGCGGUACCGAUUCUUUCCAGGCGACAGUGGAACACUGCUUUGGCAAGUCGGGCUUGGUCGCCAUCUCCCUAGCGCAAUGGCUAUUCGCUUUUGGCGGCAUGGUGGCGUUUUGCGUCAUAGUUGGCGAUACCAUACCGCGUGUGCUUGAAGCAUUUUUUCCUUCGCUGGCUGAUAUGAGCUUCUUGUGGCUCCUCACCAACCGACGCGCCAUCAUCGUUCUCUUGUGCCUGGGCGUCUCCUUUCCUCUUUCGCUGUACCGAGACAUUGCAAAGCUUGCCAAAGCUAGCGGGCUUGCCUUGAUCAGUAUGGGCAUCAUCAUAGUCACCGUCAUUACACAAUGCUUUCGCGUUCCUCCAGAGGCUCGGGGAACAUUGAGCGGCUCGCUCGUCAUUCAUUCUGGUCUUUUCGAAGCCAUCGGCGUCAUCUCUUUUGCUUUUGUCUGCCAUCACAACUCUCUGCUGAUCUACGGCUCCUUGCGGACACCCACUAUUGACCGCUUCUCGCGCGUGACGCAUUACAGCACGGGAAUUUCCCUGGUAGCGUGCUUGACAAUGGCUCUUUUCGGCUUUCUUACCUUUGGUGACAAGACACAGGGCAAUUUGCUCAACAACUUCCCCAACGACAACCUCAUGGUCAACAUAGCACGCCUUUUCUUUGGGUUGAACAUGCUGACCACGCUACCUCUGGAAGCAUUCGUUUGCCGCGAAGUCAUGAACAACUUCUGGUUCCCUGAUGAGCCAUACCAACCUAACCGUCACAUGAUCUUUACCAGUGCUCUUGUUGUCAGCGCUGUGGCUCUGUCUCUGCUGACGUGCGAUCUGGGCAUCGUUUUCGAAUUAUUUGGCGCAACUUCAGCAUGUGCACUAGCUUACAUACUGCCUCCACUGUGCUAUAUCAAGUUGAGCAAGCGCAGCUCAAAAACUUAUGUGGCCAUGGGUGUCGUGGCAUUCGGGUGCGGCGUCAUGGCGAUCUCAGUCUUCCAAACCAUGGCCAAAAUGUCCAGCGGGAGCGCAGGACCGGCCAAAUGUUCUUAA